AUGCUCAACCAAGUGACACCCACUCUGCUGUAUUUUAUGAUAAUGACUUUGUUUCACUAUACUUGCUAUAUCUUUGAGUGGCUGAGCAUUACCAGCAGCACUUGCAGCAAGAUGAAAGCAGUUUUAUUUUUCUUCAGUACUGUAUUACUUCUUCAGACUGACAUCAUCCAUGGAGAAUACAGAGCAGAACCCGCUGAUUAUGUUAUUGAAGGGAAGGAUGAAUGUCACUAUAUGAACGGCACUCAGAGGGUGAAGUUUCUGCGCAGAUAUUUCUACAAUCAGGAGGAGAUUGUCUACUUUGACAGCGAUGUCGGAUAUUACAUAGCGAAGACGGAGAUCGGGAGACCCGAUGCUGAAUACUGGAACAAGAAUAAGGACAUCAUAGAACAACUGAAGGCCUAUGUGCAGACAUUCUGUAUACACAACUAUGGAGUAUCUGAGAAUGUGGGGAUCACAGGGAGGAGAGUUAAACCAACUAUCAGGAUAUCCCUAAGGCAUGAAGAUCCCCAUUCAGAGUAUCACAUGCUGGCGUGUAAUGUAAAUGGUUUCUACCCAUCUGAGAUAGAAGUAAAAUGGUACCGGAAUGGUGUGGAGGAAACUGCUCAGGUUCAGUCUACAGACAUCUUCCAAAAUGGAGAUUGGACCUUCCAGAUCCUGGUGAUGCUAGAGACAGAGAUAACAAAAGGAGAUACCUUCACCUGUGAAGUCCUUCACAGCAGCCUGGAGACACCAGCCAGAGUAGACUGGCACCCCCAGGAAUCAGAUUCAGCAAGAAAGAAGGUGGUAACUGGAAUUGUGGGAUUUGUGCUGGGAGCCAUACUUAUCAUUGCCGGUGUGUUUGUCUAUAUGAGAGGUCGCAAAGCUCAGUUGUUAUUCCGUGGACCACAGACUGAGCAUUUCAUACACACAUAACGGAGAGAAGUUGCCGAUUUUAACUGCUUACUGUACAAAUUCUAAAGCCAUCCUGUUUGAGGUCUCAGUCCACUAUGCUAUCUAAAGCCUUGCGUAUAAUCAAUUAAUAAAUAAGAAAUCUGUAACGUAAAUGAUCUUAGUAUAUGGAAGUGACAGAUGAAGGAGUUUUCAUGGCCUAAGUGUAAAAUCCAUCAUUGCCAAUGCUCUUGGAAUUGUACAGAAAAACACUUGUAAUUCAGAUGCAUUAGUUUUGGUAUUUUGUGUAUUCAGGAAACCUUUUUAAUACUGCUUGGGAGUGGGAUGUAAAGUCUUAUGCCGCGUACACACAACCAUUUUUCGCGAUGUAAAAAAUGUAAUUGUUUUUUAAUGGCAUUAA